AUGCAAGCUUCCACCUCAACCAUCCUCAAAUCGUUCCUUCCUGGAGCCACGAAAGUUGGCUUUAUUGGUACUGGUGUCAUGGGAAAGUCUAUUGCCACUAAUUUAUUCAACAAGGGUUACAAGGAUUUGAUUGUUUAUUCUAGAACCAAAUCCAAAGCUGAAUCAUUGAUUGAAUUGGGAGCCAAGUUUGUGAAUUCUCCAAAAGAAGUCGGAGCUAACAGUGAUGUUGUGAUUAGUAUUGUGGGUUAUCCAUCCGAUGUGAAAAGUGUAAUUCUCGAUGAGGAGAAUGGAGUCUUGGCUGGUAUGAAUCCAGGCGGAGUGAUUAUUGACAUGACCACAUCGGAACCUUCACUUGCUGUUGAGAUUUUCAAACAAGCUCAAAAAAAGGGAGUUUAUAGUUUGGAUGCUCCUUGCAGUGGUGGAGAUAUUGGAGCUCGAAAUGCUACCUUAACCAUUUUCGUCGGAGGUGAAAAACAAGUAUUGGAAUCGGUUCGUCCCAUUUUCGAAUCCAUCGGAAAGACCAUUAAUUUCAUGGGAGAAAGUGGAAAAGGACAACAUGCCAAAAUGGCCAAUCAAGUCAUUAUUGCUUCUUCCAUGAUUGGUGUGGUUGAAGGAUUAAUGUAUGCUCACAAAGCUGGAUUGGAUGUUUAUCAAACAUUGCAAGCUGUGAGUGGUGGAGCUGCCAAUUCAUUUUCAUUGACUGCUUAUGGACCUCGAAUUUUGAGAAGAGAUUUUGAACCAGGAUUCUAUGUGGAACAUUUUAUCAAGGACAUGGAAAUUGUUCUCAGUGAAUGUAACAAGAUGCAACUCGUAUUACCAGGUUUGAACUUGGCAAAAAUGUUGUACGAUUCAUUGAGAAACAAUGGAGGUGCCAAGAAUGGAACCCAAGCCCUCAUGUUAGCAUUGGAACAGUUGAACAAUGUCAAAUUACCAAAGUAUGACAUUUAA